UUCCCUCACUCCUCUGUUCAGUGCACCCCACCUGCCGGAGCCUGGAGGACUGUGGGCUGGCUCCGGAGGGGGGAGGCACCCACUCUCUUCUGAGCAUGGCCCAGCAGAGAACAAUCCGGCUGUCCCUGAAGAAGCCUACCCAUGCUGUCUGUGUGGUGGGCACUGAGAUCUCAGUUGACAUCUAUCGUUCUGUCCCUCCAGGGGCUGUGACUUUUAGGGUCACUGCAAGCGCCUCGGUGCAGACCUACCUGGAGUACGACCCCAAGAAUGUGAGCGAGCCCCCAGCAGAUGAGCGCUGGCCUUUGGAUGCUGACGUGGAAGUAAUCAUAAUCAUGGAGGCCCCCAGUAAGAACAUGGACGAUGCCAAGGUACGGGUUUCUUACUAUGGAAAGAAUGACAACAAUGCCCUUGGUCAGGCCCUGCUCUCUCUCACUGGUAUUGAAGUUUCUCUGAAUGUUGACACAGAUCGUACUGGGACAGUGAAGAGGGGCAAAGCUGACAAGAAAACAUGGCGCUGGGGUCCAGAGGGCCAUGGAGCAAUCCUUUUGGUGAACUGUGACAGGGAUACUCCCCUCCCAGGAGGAAUUGACUACUCUCAUAGCCGCUUGUACUCAAUGAAAGACCUGGAGGAUAUGUCUCAGAUGCUGCUCUGGACCAAUGAGUCCUGAUGAUGUCUUCGACAACCACAAACUUGUCCUGCAUGUGUCCCCUUCAUGACGCAGACAAAGUGGGUGUAUUUUCAUGCC